AUGCUGUGGCGAGCACUUCGCAGAUUUGGUCAGAAGCUGGUACGCAGACGUACACUGGAGCCAGGCAUGGCUGAGACUCGCCUUGCCAGAUGCCUCAGCACUCUGGAUUUAGUGGCCCUGGGUGUGGGCAGCACAUUGGGCGCAGGAGUGUAUGUCCUGGCUGGCGAGGUGGCCAAAGAUAAAGCAGGACCGUCCAUUGUAAUCUGCUUUUUGGUGGCUGCCCUGUCUUCUGUGUUGGCUGGGCUGUGCUAUGCGGAGUUUGGUGCUCGAGUUCCCCGAUCUGGUUCGGCUUAUCUCUACAGCUAUGUCACUGUGGGUGAACUCUGGGCCUUCACCACUGGCUGGAACCUCAUCCUCUCCUAUGUUAUAGGUGAGAUUGGGGGGGUGGUAAAGGAGGAACUGCACCACCAGCGAAGGGGAUUUGGGGCAGCGCCUGUGGCUCACUUUCUUUCUCAGGUUCCUGAAUGCAUUUUUUCCAUAGGAUUGCUGGCCUUGGGGGCUAGUGAGUCGGCCCUGGUUACCAAAGUGUUCACAGGGGUGAACCUUUUAGUUCUUGGUUUUAUCAUCAUCGCUGGCUUCAUUAAGGGAGACCUGCACAACUGGAAGCUCACAGAAGAAGACUACAAAUUGGCCAUGGCUGGACUCAAUGACACUUCUAGCUUUGGACUUCUAGGGUCUGGAGGAUUUAUGCCUUUUGGCUUCCAGGGGAUUCUCCGUGGAGCAGCUACUUGCUUCUAUGCAUUUGUUGGUUUCGAUUGUAUUGCUACCACUGGGGAAGAGGCUAAGAAUCCCCAGCGUGCCAUCCCUCUGGGUAUUGUGAUCUCACUCUUCGUCUGCUUUUUGGCGUAUUUUGGUGUCUCUUCAGCACUCACCCUCAUGAUGCCUUACUACCAGCUUCAUCCUGAGAGCCCUUUGCCUGAGGCAUUUCUCUAUAGUGGAUGGUCCCCUGCCCGAUAUGUUGUGGCUGCUGGCUCCCUCUGUGCUCUUUCUACCAGCCUCUUGGGCUCUAUGUUCCCCAUGCCCCGGGUGAUCUAUGCGAUGGCAGAGGAUGGUCUCCUGUUCCGUGUUCUUGCCCGAGUCCACAGUGGCACACACACACCCAUCAUUGCCACUGUAGUCUCUGGCAUUACUGCAGCAUUCAUGGCAUUCCUCUUUGAACUCACUGAUCUUGUGGACCUUAUGUCAAUUGGGACCCUGCUUGCUUACUCCCUGGUAUCUAUUUGUGUUCUAAUCCUCAGGUAUCAGCCUCAGAAGGACAUGAAGAUUGAGGAAGAGGAAGUGGAGUUGCAGGAGAAGACACCUGAAGCAGGGAAGCUGACCCUACAGGGACUAUUUAGCCCGCUCAACUCCAUUCCCACUCCACUUUCUGGCCAAGUUGUCUAUGUUUGUGCCUCACUGCUUGCUCUACUAUUGACUGUUCUUUGCCUGGUGCUGACCGAGUUGCCAGUUCCACUGGUUUCUGAAGGCCCAGUGUGGAUUGCAGUGGUUGCGCUGCUCCUGAUGCUCAUUACUGGAAUCACUUGGGUUAUAUGGAGACAGCCACAGAGCUCCACUCCCCUUCACUUUAAGGUGCCUGCUGUGCCUUUCCUCCCAUUAAUGAGCAUCUUUGUGAAUAUUUACCUUAUGAUGCAGAUGACAGCUGGUACCUGGGCUCGAUUUGGGGUCUGGAUGCUGAUUGGGUUUGUCAUCUACUUUGGCUAUGGAAUCCAGCACAGCCAGGAAGAGGUUAAGAGUGGCCGACUCUCCUCCAAGUCUAGGGCCAAAACUAUAGACCUUGAUCUUAGCAAUCUCUGA